AUGGGUGUCAAGCAAGUCUUCACCGAGUCGACCUUCGCCAAGUACAUCUCAGCAAUAAGGGAGUCGCCUCGAGAACUGAUCUCGAACCGAAAGCUUUUGCUCACCGCCGCUCUCUAUGCCACGAGCGGCAUUCCCAUCACAUGGGACCAAGGCUCGUCCUCGGUGGUGCCGUCCCUUCCCGGGUUCCAGAAGGACUUCGGAAUUACCUCGGCCACGAACCCAACUCAAGUCUCCAACUUCAUCUCUUUCGUCUAUAUUGGCGCUGGCAUCGGUGCCGGCCUGUCAUUCUUUCUCAAUGACCGCAUUGGACGCAUGUGGUCUUAUCGCUUCUAUAUGACCAUCUGGAUCAUCGGACAAAUCAUUGCGACUGUGUCGAUGGGUAAUAUCGGCGCCCUUUACUUUGCUCGUAUCGUCUCAGGCAUGGGUAUCGGUGCCCUAACAGUCACUGGACCUGUCAGCAUCGUCGAGAUUGCCCCUACCGAGAUUCGUGGUCUCCUGGCAGUAUGGUUCAGCGUUGCCAUGCUGCUUUCCUUGACUGUAUCGGUCUUCAUCGUCUACGCCUGCUUCAUUCAUGUCGCCGUCGGCAGACUUCAGUAUCAGAUUGUCUUCUUCUCUCCGACUAUCGUCAUGGCCAUCCUCAUCGCGGCAAGCUUCCUACUUUACGAAAGUCCUCGCUGGCUGUUCAUUGCUAGACGGGACGAUGAGGGCAUCCGAAAUUUGACGGCUCUCCGAGGGCUGCCAGUUGAUCACCCCCGCGUGGCGACUGAGAUCGAAGACAUCAAGGACCAGAUCGCCAAAGAGGAGGAGAAAUUCGGACGCAGCCCCGGCUUUAUCGUCUUGGUGAAAGAUGCCUUCCUGGUCCCCUCCAAUUUGCGUCGUGUGCAGCAAGCCGUUCUAUCGUACGCUCUCGCUCAACUUUCUGGAGCAAACAGCGUCACAUCCUACCUCGUUCCUAUUUUGAGCAUGCUCGGACUUGGUGGCGGUACUGCUCGAAGCUUGUUCCUCAGCGGCAUGUAUAGCAUGGCCAAGUUCUUCUUCACUCUGAUUGCCAGUUUCUUCUUCAUCGAUGCCCUCGGUCGCCGUCGCAGUCUGUUCACUGGUAUCACUAUCCAGAUGAUCUCUGAUUUGUACAUCGGUAUCUUUAUCAAGUACCGCCAGGAGGGCAACGUUGCACCGGGAUCUAGCGAAGCUGCUAUCGCCGCUGUCUUCAUUCACGGAUUCGGAUACGCCGUCGGCCUCCUCGUCUUGCCUUAUGUCUUUGGUGCUGAGCUAUGGCCCAACCACCUCCGCUCUUUCGGCAGCGCUUUUGCACAAUUCUUUCACUGGCUGUUCUUCUUCGGAGUCAACAAGGGCAUGCCCUCACUGCUCAGUCAGACUCACAACUGGGGUGCCUUCAUUUUCUUUGCAGGAUGGUGUUUCCUCUCGUUGAUCUACGUCUACUGCGUUGUACCUGAAACAUCUCUGCAGAGCUUGGAGCAACUGGACGAGCUCUUCAAAGGGCCUUGGUGGAACGUCAGCCGCAGAGCCAAACAACUAAAGCAGCAAGCUCGAGAGCAGGAUGCAAUCAUUGAAGCACAGGAGUCAGUAAGCGAUCAGAACAGCGAGCCCGAAUCCAGUAUUGAGAAGAACGGCGCGCGUGCAGUCAGCCAGAAGGUUCGAUCAGACGCAUAA